AUGGAUUCAAAUCGUCGAUCUGUAAGACAUCUUGAACCAAAAAAUAGUUCUAGUGAAACAUCGACCAAUGACCCUCAACGAUCAUCGACUAUUGAUUCUGGUCACGGAUCAUUGUCUACUACUACGCGAACACCAACACUUGAUAGAGCAACGACUGAUACUUUGUCGUCUUCAUUGUCAAGAGAUACACCUCUAGAUGAUAAUAAUGCACAAGAAGAUUUACAACAGAAUAAGACAAUAUGUAUCCGACCCCAAAGUGUUAUGGUACAUAAAUGUUACGAGCAAUCAUAUGUUUCACAUAUCGAUCAUCCAUCAGCAUUUUUUAUUCAAUUAGAAUGUUUUCGGAUAAAAUACGAACAAUUACAAAUGGAAAUCAAUGAAUUCUAUUCAGAAAAGUCUACAACCAAUACUUCAUCAUCAUGGAAACGUGGUGACUACUGUAUAGUUAAAUAUAAUGACGGUCAAUUUUAUCGUUCAAGAAUUAUCGCCACUCCCGAAGAAAACAAAACAAUCAAUUCGUAUGAUGUUGUUUAUAUUGACUAUGGUAAUUGGAAUAAAGUUCGUCCAACUGAUAUUCAUUCAAUUGAACGAAAAUUUACAACCUUUCCAGCUCAAGCGAUACCAUGUUCAUUACAUAAGAGUUUACCUAUCUAUGGUACUUGGUGUGAAAAUCCAGAUACUAUGAAUUUCUUUGAAGAUCUCGUUUUGAAUAAAUAUGUUGAUGUGAUCUUUCAUAGUAAGUCGCCGCGUAAUUACUGGCCUUUAAGUUUUGCUGAAUUGAAACUUUCUUCAUCGAAAUCGAAUGUUCAUGAAUGUAUGCUAGAGCAACGUCUUAUUAAAGAAGUUUCUAAUGAGAAAAUUUCUCAAGAAUUUUACCAUUUAUUGAAAUCAGCUGAUCAUAUUAUUUAUAGUAUUCCAUAUGAAGAAGAAGAACAUGAUGAUGACAAUGAUGAUUGUCCCUGA